AUGUGGCAUCAAGCAAACGACAGAACCAUCAUUACUGUGGACAACGCAAACGACAGAACUACUCUUGCUGUGGACAAAACAAACGACAGAACCACCAUUACUGGGAACAAAACAACUGGCAGAACCACCACUACUGUGGACAAAACAAAAGACAGAACCAUCUUUACUGUGGACAAAGCAAACAACAGAACUACCAUUACUGUGAACAAAACAAAUGACAGAACCACCACUACUGUGGACAAAACAAAAGACAGAACCAUCACUACUGUAGACAAAGCAAACGACAGAACCACCAUUACUGUGGAUAAAGCAAACAACAGAACCACCAUUACUGUGAACAAAUCAAAUGACAGAACCUCCAUUACUGGGAACAAAACAAAAGACAGAACCAUCAUUACUGUGGACAAAGCAAAUGACAGAACCACUACUACUGAGAACAAACCAACAGACAGAGCCACCAUUACCGUGAACAAACCAAAUGACAAAACCAUCAUUACUGGGGACAAAACAAAAGACAGAUCCACCAUUACAUGA